AUGGGCAAGGACCCCGAAAAAGUCGUCAAGCUUCCUCCAUCAUGGGGUUACGGUCCCGAUGCUUAUAUUUGGCAAACUGAAAUGCAGCACAAUAUCCACUGCUUGAACUUCGUGCGCAAGUAUGCCUACUUUGACUAUUUUUACGGUCCGCAGUACAACCGGUUCGAAGACACGCCAAAAUUAGACCGCAUCCAUCUAUCUCAUUGCCUCUACGUGCUUGUACAGGACCUCCGCUGCCAGCCUUCAUUUAAUGCACUUACUUUCAAUUGGAUGGAUGGCUGGAAUACGCCAGCUACGGACUUUACGCCGCAACGGCAAUGUAUUGACCACGAACAAUGGCUUCGUUGGCAGCUUGAGAACAGGGUUGCUACAGAAGGACAAACCCUUCCACGGCCAACAGACCCAAAUCAGUUCAUGCAUGGUCCCCUUGGAAUGGAACAGUUGUGGGAAGAAAGACAAUAA